UGAGGAACAGGAGAGAAAAAUAUUGAUAGCUAGUGGCCUACCAUUAAGAUCAGGACGUACUAUAAGGCGGAUGAUGGAAGAAGAGCAACGAUUGGACUUGCCUCACAAAUAACGUAAAAUGAAUGUAGAUACUUUAAAUAGCAAGUACAAAGUUGUAAGCAAAUACUUUGUGGGUAAGACUGUUAUGGAUGAAAGUCUCUCUGAUUUCAAGGAGAAGAAAAGUUUUAAAGUAAAAAAUAAUAAAGCACCUGCCAAGCCUAAAGCCAAAAAGGUAAAACAAGUCAAAGGCCAGAAGGAUAUACGGAGUGUGUUGAAAGCCAAAAAGAAUGAGUUAAUAGCUUACUCUGAAGAGUUUAACUCAGUGUGCAAGAAAUCUGGCAUUGAUGUUGAUUCUGAACAGCUCCAGCUAGCUAUAGCUCUGUCCAAAUCGCUACAAACAUCCGAUUCUGUUGAUAGUUCAAGUUCAAGCUCAAAAGCUUUGACAACACAACAAAGGACAGGAAUCAUACGCACAACUUUAAAAGAGUAUGGAUUUAAAGUUCCUGAAAAGCCAACUACGAGUAGGAAAACCAAGAAACGAAGAAAACCUUACAAGUUGCUUUUGACAAGUGAGGAAGAAAAACAGCAAAUAAUAUCCGAUAGGUACUCGCAGCUACUUUUUGAGUUGAAUAACUUAGAAAGUACAACUAGUGAUAAAGAUUUAGAUUUACCUAAUUUAUUUAUAUACAACAUGUCUACUAAUAUAGAAUAUGAAAAUAUUAAGGAUGAUUCUAUAUUUUAUGUUGAGAAUAUUGUUGAAGAAUCACCAAAUAGUAUGGGAUGCUUGUUAAAAAAUUGGUCCAGUAUACCCGGUAGACUGUCAAGCCCAGAUGUGAAUAAAUCUGAACUAUUGUUUUCAGAGGUAGAAUGCUCUCAGGAAGAAUUAGACAUUGUUCUUAGUGGAUCUUUAAAAAAUAGCAAAGAUAUUCUUAAAAAGAACAUGUUGAAAGACAGAAGAAAGGGUAUUGAUAUUUGCCAAGUUAAAAGAAAUAUUAGUAAAACAGUAAUAGAGCUUAGUCCAGAAUUUGUAGAAGAUAAUACAGGCAAUCAAUCUCCAGUGUUUAUAACUGGAAGUAGUAGUAAUGAUAAUCAUCUAAAAGACCCUAAUGAUAAUGAAUCUUCAAUAAAAGUAGGGAAUAGAGAAGAGAAAAAUUUACUAGUGGUAACACAGCCAAGUCGAAGCUUAUCCCCUGAUUUAUUUGAUGAUGAAGAUGACACAGUAGUUGAAAUACAUAAUGAAACAGUGACAGAAACUGAAACGGAACCUGCGAAUAACUUUACAAAACAAGCCAGUGAAGUUAUGGACUUGACUGAAUGUAUUAAUGCCCAAAAAAAUAUGUGUAACAGUAGCAAUAUGAAACCACUCUCUCAGAUAUCACAACAAAUAGAUGUGACUAAAAGAAAAUCUAAUGACUUCAUGGAGAUGACAGAAUGUGUAAGUAGUUCUUCCCAACAUAUAAUGGAUAAGAUUGAUGAAGAAAUAGAUUUAACAGGACCCUGUGAAAACAAUGUUACAACAGUAAAGAAUAAUACAGGUAUUGAAAAUCCAGUAGUUGUAGAAUGUGAUGGUGAUUCUUCUCUACUUAUAGGGAAUGAAGGUGAUGACCAUAUCGAUUUAACUGCAGAAUGCGAAAUAGAUACUGAAACAGAAAAAAAUAGAAAUACAUCAUAUACAGAAAAUGUACAAAUAACAAAUUCAAAUAUUUUUUUAGAAGUCAGGACUGAUAACCAUAUCGAUUUAACAGAACAUUGUGCUGGUGACAUGGAAAAAAAUAACAAUAGUGUAAAUGCUGAUAAUAUUGAACAUAUGGAUUUAACCCAGUCUUCAAACACAAGUGGUGAUUCAUUGCCCUUUGUUCAAGUUGGUGGCACACAAGCAGUACCAGAAAAAUCACUAGAUGAUACAAUAAUAUUAAAUGAAAACGAUUAUCUAGAAACUAAAUCACCAGAAGGUAACAAGGAAUUACAUGUUAGUGAUGAACAACCAAAUCAAGAUUCAAACACUACCAGCCCAGAUCAUGCCAUUGAAAUCACAUCUCCAAAACACAUAGCAGUAGAAACUGAUGAGGCUCAAAUAAUAAACCUUGAUGAAAGUGAAGUACCUGAAGCAAAUGAUGAUAAUGUAGAUUUAACACAAACAUCUGACUCAAAUGAGGCUAACAAUAUUUGUCAAAACAAUAGUAAUCAUAUAAACAACAGUAGUCUCGGAAAAAAAGAUAACAUGUCAGUAGAUUAUGAUGAAGCUUUGGAAAACAUGAACUCUUUUCCAUAUUAUGACAAUGGAAAUUAUAAUAAUGAUACAAUAGAGACAGAAGAUCAUUUAGAAAAGACUAAUGAUAAUGAAGUGCUUUCAAAAAGUAAAGUACCCAUUAAUGAUUUAAAUUCUCCGUGUAAUAACAUAGACAAUUAUUUUGAUUUUGGUGGCAUUUCAGUAAUAGAUAACCUACCUAGUUUCAAUGAUAAAUCAAGACUUAAAAAUAGCGUACCAAAUGGUAGCAUACGAGACAGUUUACCCAUGGUAGACGUUAAAGGUACUGGAAACCCCAAAUCUCCAUUAAAACAUGUUACUGAUCUCACUUCUGAUCCUGUAAGUCAUAAAUGCUUGGAAAAACCAAUUGAAGCUGGAACACAAACUCCUAAAAGUAAAGUUAACAAGCAUGUUAAUGUAGAAACGCCUGAGAAAUCGGAAUACAUAGUAAAGACUGAUAAUGUAACUCCCAUGUUGGAUUAUGCUUCUAUGUCUACACCAGAGAGGAAUAGAGAAUUGGACAAAUAUGGGCUGAAGCCAUUUAAACGGAAAAGAGCUAUACAACUUUUGACCCAUCUGUACAAUCAAACUCACCCAUAUGUUGAAUCGGCCGAGGAAUUGCCAUCACCAUCCAAAAAGCGAAGAACAGAAAACUUAAGCCAGCCUUCAUCUUCUAAACCUUCUAGUAGUACAUCUAUAUCACCACGAAAAGCUACUAAAUCGCCAAGAAAAGCUACGAAAUCGCCAAGAAAAGCUACGAAUUCGCCAAGAAAAGCUUCAAGAUCACCAAGAACAAGUGAAGGGGGAAAUUUGAAUGAUUCAGAUAAAGAAAAUGACUUGUUCACGAUGACAAGAGAAGUGCCUGUCAUUAGAAAUGUAGAGUGUGAUGCCGAUGACUGGGUCUUCCAGAAAAGAGAGAAGGCUAAGCUCCACACCUGCCGCGUGCCUUUACACAUAGCUUUCCACAACUACGUGUCGUGUCGCCUGCGAUUGCAUGAGGCCAUCCUCCGCUAUGAGCCCGUCAAUAUUGAUGUCAUACACAAGGACCUGGCUGCCAGCGGGCACCGGUAUGACCCCAAGGAUCUUCUAAAAUUCCUGGACAAGAGGUGCAUCACAGUGAAAACGGCUGAUAAUACCAAAAACAAUAAGAGGUACUAGUGGUUCCAAUAAUUUAUAGACAAUCAUGUGUUAAUUUUAUACCAACUUGGACUUUGCUGUGAGGUAAUAAGGUUUAUUAUUUAACUUUUAGUUUUGUAAAUAGAUGUAGAUUUAGAUAUUGCGUAUUUUUUGAGAUUUUUUUUUUUUAUUAUGAAUGGGCUUACUCAUGGCCACAGACUAGCCGAGGCGUAGACGUGGCCUACGAUGGAGCGAGCUCGCCCAGAAGGUGCCUGUUCACUCUUGAUUUGAAGGUUGCCGGGUUAUAAGAACACGGAAAUAUAGACGCCGGCAAGGAAUUCCAUUCCUUGGCAGUGCGCAUAAGGAAAGUAGAAGCAAAGCGCUUCGUGCGAAUUGGUGGAAUAUCUACCAAGUAAGGAUGGAAACCGGCCGUGCGUCUAAAAGUCCGAUGGUAGAAUGGGGACAGAUGGUGGACGGUUGGGGAUUAUGCACUCAACUUUUACUAAAAUAACCUAAAUUGUAUUUUUAUGUGCAGAGCACAACAACUGGACAUUGAAAAAUUGACAAUGUGUCCUGUCAUUAUGAUAAUGAAUACUCGGAGGCGUAAAAGUAGUGCGGAAUAAUGUGUACGCAGUUUUGACAGCUGAAGUAGAUGGCGCUGUACUACCCUAUAGAUUUUUUAACGUUAUUACUUUCAACCUAGUUUUCGAGUUGUCAAAACUGGGUCUACAAAGUGUUGCACUAUUUUACGCGUCUUAAUAUUCGUCUUAUUCAUAUUAUAUAACUAGAGAUGGGCCGAAUAUUCGGUUAGGCUAAAACUGCCUAAAACGCUGAAGGCAAGUUCAUUCAGGUCCGCGGUCUGCACUCAUAAUGUGUUUUUGACCCUUCUCCCGACCGACCGGGAACUAACUAGCGGACACCCUUAAAAAAUUGUUUAUUCGGCAAAUAUUCGGCUGUUCGAACAGAACUCAUCAUCAUCAUUAUUCUUAAGAGCCUAGCUCUUGUCAGUGGAGUAGUCGCAUUCGAACCGAACCAUUCGGCCGAAUACGAACAUUGAAAAAUAUGCCGAAUACCGAAUAUUCGGCCCAUGUCUAUACAUAAAAUAAACAAUGUUUCAAUUUCCUUUGUUCCGUGAUUUUGUGUUGAUAUGCAAUAAACACUGUUCUUUUCA